GGAGGAGCCGCGGCAGCCCUGAAAUGUGUCCCCCUCUGCCUCCUCUCCAGCGGCCAUGUUAACCACCAGGAAACCUUCUGCUGCUGGGGCUGCAGGAGCUGCCGCCGCCGCCGCUUGCUCAGCUGGCAGCAGGGGCGGAGGGGAGAGCGCUCGCCAGUUCCAGUCUUCCCCGGUGAUCGGGGCCGGAGGGGCCUCCCGGACGGGCGCUGGGACCGGGCCGCCGUCCCCCAUCGCUUUGCCGCCUCUCAAGCCCAGCAGCGCCGCCCACACGGUUGGUGGAAAUAAGCACACAAUGAAUGAGCACCUACAUGUUGCCAGCCAUGGGCAGAUUCAGGUUCAGCAGCUGUUUGAAGACACUAGCAACAAAAGGACGGUCCUGACAACGCAACCGAACGGGCUGACGACAGUCGCCAAAUCAGGAUUGCCGGUGGUGCAAGACAGACAGCUGGACAGUGCUCAUAGGCGGCAGGGGAGCUCCAGCUCUUUGAAGUCUAUGGAGGGGCCAGGGAAGGUGAAAGCCUGUCCUAUGACGCCAGAGCAAGCAAUGAAGCAAUACAUGCAAAAGUUAACCACCUUUGAGCAUCAUGAGGUCUUCAGUUACCCUGAAAUCUAUUUUUUGGGUCCAAAUGCAAAGAAGAGACAAGGUGUAAUUAGUGGUCCAAACAACAGUGGAUACGACGAUGACCAGGGGUCUUACGUACAAGUACCCCAUGAUCAUAUCUCGUAUAGAUACGAGGUCCUGAAGGUUAUCGGGAAGGGAAGUUUUGGGCAAGUGGUGAAGGCCUACGAUCACAAAAUGCAUCAGCAUGUGGCCCUGAAAAUGGUGAGGAACGAGAAGCGUUUUCACCGCCAAGCUGCAGAAGAAAUUAGAAUCCUGGAGCACCUAAAGAAACAGGAUAAGGAUAACAAUAUGAACGUGAUCCACAUGCUGGAAAACUUCACAUUCCGCAACCAUAUCUGUAUGACAUUUGAGUUGCUGAGCAUGAACCUUUAUGAGCUCAUAAAGAAAAACAAAUUUCAGGGCUUUAGCCUGCCAUUGGUUCGCAAGUUUGCCCACUCGAUUUUGCAGUGCUUGGAUGCUUUGCACAAGAACAGAAUCAUUCACUGUGACCUUAAGCCGGAGAACAUUCUGUUGAAACAACAGGGUCGGAGUGGUAUUAAAGUUAUUGAUUUUGGCUCCAGCUGUUAUGAGCACCAGCGUGUCUACACUUACAUCCAGUCACGUUUCUACCGUGCUCCAGAAGUCAUCCUUGGUGCUCGUUAUGGGAUGCCCAUAGACAUGUGGAGCCUCGGCUGCAUUCUUGCAGAGCUCUUAACAGGCUAUCCGCUCCUCCCAGGAGAAGACGAAGGAGACCAGUUGGCUUGUAUGAUCGAACUAUUGGGCAUGCCUUCCCAGAAACUAUUAGAUUCAUCCAAAAGAGCAAAAAAUUUUGUGAGCUCUAAGGGUUAUCCCCGAUACUGUACCAUUACUACCUUGUCAGAUGGUUCUGUAGUGCUCAAUGGUGGCCGUUCCCGGAGAGGAAAAUUGCGUGGCCCACCAGAGAGCAGAGAGUGGGGGAGCGCAUUAAAAGGAUGCGAUGAUCCCCUCUUCCUUGACUUCUUGAAACAGUGUUUGGAGUGGGAUCCUACUCUGCGCAUGACCCCUGGUCAGGCUUUACGGCAUCCCUGGCUAAGGAGACGCUUGCCAAAGCCUCCAACUGGGGAGAAGACAUCAGCGAAAAGAAUAACAGAAAGCACUGGUGCUAUCACGUCAAUUUCCAAGUUACCUCCAACUUCAAACUCAGCUUCAAAACUGCGGACUAAUCUGGCACAAAUGACAGAUGCCAAUGGGAAUAUUCAGCAAAGAACAGUGUUGCCAAAACUUGUUAGCUGAGUUUGAAUAAUCCGAUGCUGAUUUUGAAAACAACAACAAGAUAUAUUAUGUCACUGAGCCUUAUUCAUGUGAAAAAGUAGCUCAGAUUUCUAUUUUUAUUUGCUCAGUAACUUUAAACAUUUGUAUUUUUUCAGUACUCACUUUCAAUAUAUAAGAAAAGUUGGUUUUGAUUUUAUAAAAAUAACAUGGGGACAAUGCUUUAAGUUUUUACACUUUUUUUUAAUGAAAUGUUUUUUCUUAUAAACUACAGUUAGCCUUACUAUGGAAUUUGUGUGGCACAAUAAUAAGUGUCAGUGGCAGGCCACUGGUUAUGACCUAACCACCAUACAUUAUAUUUUGAUGGGGAGGGGGGUGUUAUGUCCCUUCCCCACUGCAUAGUUCAUACUGGCUUUUCCUUGGAGUGAAUAUUUAAUACUUUCCUAUUCCUGGUUUUAUUAUAGGAGUAGAUUCCAAUCCUGCAAACAUUUACUUGUAUUUUUCUUUGUUGAUCUAGAAAACAUUCAGGGGUACAAGUGAAGGUUGGCUGCAUCCAUAGUAUAGAUAAUUAACAGAUUUCCCCAUAAUACUUACUAUAAAUAUUUAUUAUAUGACAGUGAAAAAGUUGCAUCCAUAGAGGGUUUCCAUCAGACAUAUACCAGCCUCUGUACUUGCACUGGAUCCUACACAGUUGUUCCCUGUCAGGUGUCUAGAGAGAGAAAAUGGUAUUUUUGGGAAAGCAUGAAAUAUAUGCAAUACUUCCUUCCUUAUCACACUGAAAUCUAUUUAAUGCUUUAACAGAGUAACAUGGAUAAUUUAUAACUUAGCAUAUAAAAUUGUGCUAUUUGACAUAUUUAUGAACUUUAGCGAUCAAUCCUAUGCAUGUUUACUGAGAAGUCAGAGUCACUCUGUUUUGUGGAGCUUACUCCCAGGAAAAUGCACACAGAAUUGCUGCUUCAAAUGUACAAAAUGCCUUAGGCUACAAUUCUAUACACAUUUAAGAGUGGAGUAAGUCCCACUGAACCAGGGUGACCAUAUGCAAAGGAGGGUUAAAGCUACAGGAGCCCUGCCCUCUUUGUAUCAAUCCCGGGAUAAACCUUAGGUCUAGCUAAGGCCCCAUAAUACCUGACCAUUUGCUGGGGCUUAUGGAAGCUGCCUUCCCAAACAUCUGGAGGGCAGUUAACUGCAGCUUUAACUGUUGUGAUGAAGAGGGAAUUUCACCAGGUGCUGCAUACAUAGAAACAACACCUGCUGAAAUUCCCUUUUCUAUACAACUGUUAAAGAUACAGGAGCCCUGUCCUCCUUUCAAUAUGGUCACGCUACACUGAACUAAAUGGGACUUACAUCUGAGAACACAUGAUUAGGAUUGCACUGUUAGUUUUGUAGCAGGAUGUUUGUGUCUCAAUCAGAGGAGAGGAGAAGUGAAGUGAAAAGAUCAAUCACAUGGGAGGGGCUAGGUCAGAAGGACAGCACAUAUGGGAUACUAGGUCAGUAGUCACCAGAAGAAGGCAAGCAGUAAUUCACAAGUAACAAAGGCCCUGAAUGUGCCUCUCAGGAAGAUUGCAGUAGGUACAGAAAUGCAUUUUGGAUAUGAAUGCCGUGUAUGCUUACAGUAUGCACAGGAAUUUCCAUUUUCUAACGCUGUCAUACAUUUCAAAAGACGAAGUAUUUCAUAGGAGUGUUUUUCAGAGCUCCAUCUGACAAGCGUUUUAUUGCAUGCUCAUUACUGGACAUUCACGGAUUUUUCAUAGGUCCCUCACAUGACGUUGUCUGCCUUCUGCCCCUUCUAGCCUUCCUUGUGCCACAGAAAGUCGGAAAUAUUUUUAAAACUGGAAGUUGCUGCUCUCUCCUGCUGUGUGCAGGAGAAGCAGUGUGAUUAGAACGCCCGACUGAAUGGGCCUCGUGCUUGUUGUUUACUUCCUGUUUAACAGGAAGUAACUGAGCGACAAAACCAGGAGCGGAGAAGCCACAGUAGCCAGCAUUUUCCCCCAGAUGUGAUGGAGCUAUCAGUGUUCCCCAAAUUUCCAGUUUUUCCAUUGGAAAAACUGAACAACACCAAAAAGUUCUGAAUUGUUUUCCUAUUUCCCCCACCCCCCACCUUUGACAUCUCUACUCCAGGGCUUUUCUGAAAACUCUGAAUACAAGGGUAGACCUGCAUUGCUCUCACUGUCUAUCUAUACAGCAUGGUGUUAGUCAAGGUCUAACAGUUUCAGGGCUGUGACAUUGCAAAGCUGACUCAUCAGUUUGGGACCUCAGCUAGACUUAUCUGCUGCUGCUUUUCCUGUCUCCCCAGCUCUUAGGUCCAUUGAUGCAGGCAGCAAAGAUGCUCUGAUAGUAGUUUCUCUCUCCCUUCCACCAGGUUCUGUAAGGCCCAUGGCUACCUCCGACUGGAUCACUUAGGCCACAAGCCUGUACAUCUUUGGACAGAAAAAAAGUCUUAUAACUCCCAGCAUGCCCCAACCAGCCUUGCUGGCUUUUACUUGCUGAGAGUUGUAAGACAUUUUUCUGUCUAAACAUACAUAGGAUUGUGCCCUUAGAGACUCAAAACAGUUCAGUUUAGCAUAUGCUACUCUUUUUACAGGCUGUGAAUAACUACUGGGGCCACAGCUAGACCUAAGGUUUAUCCUGGGAUCAUCCAGGGUUUGCCCCUGCUUGAGCACUGGAUCCCCUGUGUGUCACCUAGAAGAACAGGUUUAACCUCUGGAUAAUCCAGGGAUAAACCUUAGGUCUAGCUAUGGCCUGGGUUGCAUCAAAUGAGGUACGACUGUAAUUUAGCCAUUGCAGGAUUAAACCAGGGGUAGGAAACCCUUACCCUCCAGAUGUUUUUUACUCAAAAUCCUAGGCCUUAGCUAGACCUAAGGUUUAUCCCAGGGUCGUCCCUGCCUGCUCCCGGGAUCCCCUGUGUGUCAUUUACAUGAACAGGGAUGACCCCGGGACAAUCCCGGGAUAAACCUUAGGUCUAGUUUAGGCCCCAUAAUACCUGACCAUUUGCUGGGGCUUAUGGAAGCUGCCUUCCCAAACAUCUGGAGGGCACCACAUUGCCUAGCCCUGGUAUACAUGUGUGCUUAAUUCAGUUUUAUCCCAUUGAAUUUGUGGACUCUGUACUUAAAACUGAAAUUCAGAUAUGUUAAGGGAUGGACAAAAUGUUUUGGGGUUUUUCCAGAAACAAUAACGAGCUACUGGAUUAUUUCUGAAUAGGGGACUCCUUGCCAAGACUGAGGUAAGGCCCAAUGUAUUGGCUUGGCUUGGUUAAGUCAUCAAUCCACAUUAAAAUUGCAAAACUUGGCUCAGAACUAGGGCAGCCCAACAUGGUGUGAUGUGUGUGUGUUUGUGAGAUGUUUGUGUGGUUCUGCCACAAGCCUGGAGAGAUGAACUCCAAAAUGUAUUUUGUUAACAUUUUUGAUAGCAUCGCUAAAUAUGAACAAACUGUUCUUCAAAAAUGUUCCAGUAUCCAAACCAGGAUGCAAGAUCAUGUGUAUAAAAAAAGAAACGUGGGAAGAUGAAUGAAAGCAGUUGGAAGCAUGAUACUCUAAAGUUUGAUGUGAGUAAAGACAAAGUCAUGCAAAGCAAAAUGUUUUAUGCUGAAUAUUUAAGGUGCAAUCCUAUGCAUGUUUAGACAGGAAAAACAAACCAGACUAGCUGGAGCAUGCUGGAAAUUGUAGGACUUUUUUCUGUCUAAACGUGCAUAGGAUUGCAUCCUUAACCAAUCAAGCCAUUGACAUACACAUUUGGGUUGCUUUGGUCUCUCCUGAUUUUUUCUAUCUAAGUGUGCUUGAAAGUGCUUAGCAGCCUUUGCAUUGUGUGUUAAGAAGAAUUGCCUGGUUUGAACCUGUAUCUUCCAGACCUUGUACAAAUUUCAGUGUUUACUUUGGGCAGUAUUUAGUGUUGUCACAGCAGUAGCGCUGACAUUGUGCUAGUGCAAACCAACACUAGGGCAACGUCAUUUGCGAGGCAAAGGGGAAAAGCAAACGGCACCACUGAAAUUGGGUGGCAAAUCACUGCUUUUUUCUCUUUGGCCUAGCAAGAGCUAAUGACAUUGCACAAAUAUUGGUAUGUUCUGACAGCAUUGGAUAUUACCCUUUAUUUUUUUCUGAGACAGUCUCAGGCACAUUCCACCAAGACAUUCUCCUGAGUACACCCUAUUAAAGUAAAUACGACCUGUGCAAGAUUACUGCUUGUGUUCAUUCAUUUCGAUGGAGCUUGCACUGGAGAACUUCCUGGUAGAUUUGGCCUGUGUGAUGGAUUAUGACCUCACUGAUAUAUCUCACCUUCAGAUCAAUACAGCCUUCUGAGACUAACAUUAUUUAUCUCUUCCUAUAAACCAUAUUGGAGGUCAGUUUUUUAAAAUGAAACUCUAAAAAGCAAUAUACUAUAUAAAAAUUAGGGCUGGGCUAUAUAUUAUAAAUGUUGCAAGAUAGGUCUUUAAGCACCACUGUAUGCACAUCUGGAAAGCCUGGGCCAAUCAGGUUUUCCAGAUGUGUACAGGAGUAUUUAAAUAUGUGUGCUCAUGCAUAUUUUAUUUCUACAUUUUACAACAAAUAUUUGUUGCUGAAAACACCAGCUUAACACCAAUGUUUCCUGCAGCAGCUGUAUAGCACUGCCAUUAGAAUCUGAAGGUAUUACUUGAAUAUUUAAGGAGAUAUCUAUGAGAUAUUCUAGUAAUCAGUGGAGUGGCAUUUAUUUUUCUUAUGUUCUUCCUUAUGAGGGAUGUUCCAGAUUUAGCAAAGACCUUGUCCAAGUGUUGAGUGGUACAAACGAAUGCUUUUUUUAAAAAAAAAAGGUUGGCCAACAAAUGAAAAUGUGGGCAAACUUUAACUCCUUUACAAGCCUGGUAUACUUGAGAAGCUUGUAUGGGGAUGGGGGAAUCAAAAGACAGUUUCAGUUUUGUGUAAUUUGUUUGUGAUGAUUGUUAAUGAAAACCUUGAAGGAAAGAGCUGACAUUUAUGUAGAUUUUUCAGUUUUAUCUGCAUGGUCAUUUUCAAGGAAGGAAACCUUAGGCCUGUUCACUUCUUUCUUCUGUCACAGAAAGACCUUAGGUUUUGAUCAGAUAAAUGCCAGAAUCAAAUAAAGGUAAUGGAGCCUGGUUCACUUUUUAUUCUCUUUGCAUGGAGAAAAAGAGCCAAAACCAGGUUAUGAUUUCUCCCCCCAAAUUAGCAGGUGAAAAGAAUAUAAUUCAGAUAAAUUGUGUCCUGCACUGAAAGGUUGUUUUUCAAAUGCAAAAUCAAUGUCACAUACGCAGCAAUCAUGAUAUUAGUGAGGAGUUUUAAAGUGUCUCAGGCUUAAGUUAAAAUGAUUGUGGAUGCUAGAGUAAUGAGAGAUUUGGUUUGGUUUCAGCCAGCUUCAAUUAUAAUGUUCACAACUUUGUUGAUAUGCACAAAUAUAAUUAUAUUAAUUGUAAAAAUGUCUUUAAUUACUUAAAGCAUGGUCCCCAGAGAAGCCAAGAAAGUUUCCGGUCAAUUUCUUUUUUAAAAAAAAAUUCGGAUAUUUCAUUUUUCUAGAAAAAAAAGGAAAACAUGUUUUUUUAAUUAUAAGUUUUGGACAUAAUUUUUUUAAAAAAUGAUGAAUUCUCAGGAAAAAAAACAGAACCCUGCUUGCCAACCACCCCCACCCCACAAAAAACAAAAUUGCUGAAGAAGAGACCCCACCUCACCCCACACAAGUAAUUUGUGGCGAAAAGAGGAUGUCUGUUAAUGGUUUAGCAACUUUAAUUAUUGGAUAAUAUUUAAAUUCCCAUGUUUGCAAAUGUAACUACUUGUCCCCAAAUGACACUACAUUAUUUAUAGUAUUAAAUGUACACCAUUCUAUAGUGUGUGGCUAUGCAAUAUUCCUUGUUGUGUGUGUGUGACAGUAAAAGUGGCUUUGGGAUUAAACUAUCCAUAGUUUAUCUUGAUAAUUAGUUGUUCACGAUGGCUCUGAUCCUGAUCUCCAUGGGCCCACCAGUGCUCGAAUGGAGUUCCUGUGUGUGCGCAGCAUUCCCCAUUCACUGAAAUGCUAGGCCGUGUACAAACACAAAGGUUAUAUGGGGAGACCUGCAUCCUCCCUGGAAGUGAAUGAGGAAGCCAUUGCAUUCAUGGGAGUUUUACAUGCACAGGAAUGCACCUGCAUGCACCAGGUGCUCUGGAUGGAGCUGCAAUUUAUUCCCCCACCCCCAAGAAUUCAUUGCAUUAAAAAAAUUGAUGAUGAAGUUUUUAACACAAUUUCAAAGAUGUAAACAUAAAGUUAAAUGGAAAAGAUUCAUAGAUCAUUCAUGACUAAAACCACUGAUUCUUUCUU